AUGCAGGUACUCAUUCUCGGAGGUGGCAUUGCUGGUGUGACCUGUCUUGAGACGCUGGUUGCGUACGCGAACGACUUCACCACAGAUACACACAUUACUCUAGUGUCCGCGACGUCGGCGUUGCGGCGGGCGGUGCCCUAUGGUCAACGCGGUCGACACAUUGCCGCCUACAGACUCGAAGAGACCUGCAGCGACCCCUGGGAGGCGCUUCCAUGGGUAGACGUUCUCAUCGGUGUUGUCGAGCAGGUUCGAGUCGCUGAACGCUGCGUCUACGUGCGGGUCGGCGACGGAGCACCGCAAGGCAGGCACUCGGCGGGCGAUGUUCUCCAGCUGCGCUUUGAUUAUCUCUGUAUCUGUAUGGGCGCAGUGCCGCGCAUUCCAAAAGUCGUGCAUCAAGCUUGUGCUUCCUCUCGUGUGCUGAACGAGCGCAUCCUUACGCUCCGCGACACCGACUCUGCCGAUCGGUUCCGCAAACUCCUGCAAGACCUGGUAGCGCGUCGACAGCGGCGGCGGGGGCGCCCCUCAGAGCCUCGCGUUAUGAUCCUCGGCAACGGCGGUAUCGCCAUGGAGCUUGCCUACGUGCUUCCAGAGGUCGCACACGUGGACUGGGUCAUUCGAGACGCGCACAUUGGUCAUACAUUCUUUGACGCUGCGCUGUCCAACGUGCUGUGGAGUUUGCCGACUGCGCGACGUCCGCGUCGCAGGCAAGCAACUGCAUGGCUCCUGGCACCGACACGCUCGUUAGCAGUGGAGUCAUCACCGCGCCGCGUUUUGGGUGCUGGACUCGGUCCCGACUGGAUGCAAGGCGGUAGACGAGACCAGAAGCAAACCGUGCUGGAGCCUGCGCAGAUACGAGUCGUACACGGGCAUCAGCACUGGGACCAAACCUCAUCUGUACCUGACGCUGACCUGCCGAAUACAAACUCAGAUGCGGAACAGGGUUCCACAAAGCGACUCUGCCUGCAUCAGUGUUGUACGGUGACCUCCAUUGCGUGGGACGCUCCGGGGAGUACCACAAGCGAUGACGCCGCCGUUGAUGCAAGCAGUCAAGCGUCGCUUACAGACGCUUGUCUGCGAGUCACGCUCUCGGAUGGUGGAGUUGUCUUCACCGAUGUUCUGCUUUGCGCCACUGGUGUUCGUGGAGCAGCGGUGCCCUCGUAUUUUGAUGCAGAGGGCCAGAGACUGCUUCGUUGGGUGCAUCUAGAUCCGCCAUUGCCUUUUGGUACGCAUUGUCGUCGUCGUUGUGAUGGAGUCGACGACGCCAACAGCGCAUCGGACCCUGGAGAGCAUGGUGGAUCUCCAGGCGCUUCUGGUACCGUCGUCGCUGCGGACACCGAGGACGCCGAGGAUACCGGCAUCGCUGUCGAUGAGCACCUGCGGACGCAUGCCAGGUACAUUUUCGCUGCUGGAGACUGCUGUGUUGUGCAGGGCGCUUCGUCGUUGGCUGGUGACGAGACGCCACGCCUCUGGUUCCAAAUGCGUCUAUGGAGCCAAGCGAGGAUGAUGGGCGCUCGCGCAGCUCGAUCCAUUGUUCGUGACCUACUGGUGAGCCGGCCACGAACCUGGGCGCGCGCUCUCAAAGAGCAAGGUCCAAGCGAGGCCGGGCACCCCGAAGCGGCCGUCCUCGCACCGCCACAACCUGCACCACCAGCAUCACUAUCGCGGGAUGAGGUCGCGCAGAUGGAGGCGGCCGAGCCCCUCGACAUGGAACUCUUCUGCCAUGUUACUGAGUUCUGUGGAAUCAAGGUGGUUUUAAUGGGUCGGUAUCGGCUCGAAUGUGCGCAGAGCAAUAACCCGGAGGUGCAGGUUCUCGAGUCAUUGCGUCCCGGUGAGGAUGGAAAUCCCACCUCGUUGCAAUACAUUCGGGUUAUACUCUGCAAGAAUCGUCUCAUGGGUGCCGUACUGCUCGGUGAGACGGAUCUCGAGGAAGUUUACGAACAUCUGCUACUGAAUCAGCUGGACGUGGGCUUCCUGGGAUCGGCGCUGGUGGACGGAUCGCUCGACCUUGCUGACUAUUUCGACUAG